AUGCAUACACCUGAUAAAUUAGACUGUGAGCUUCAAGCUAAGCGAGGCAUCCACGAGGACAAGGUUUAUCACGUCCAGUCCGAACAGGAGAGUACCUCCGUCGGUGGGUACCUCAAUACGCCCUAUCUAAAUCCAUCUGAAGCCGGUAAGUUUUUUCUCCUAUGA